AUGCAGGACACAUCAACUGUUGCCAUUGUCGCCAUGUUGGCCUCGAUGGCUGCUGUGACGAACCAGGCGUACGCUAGCCCUUGGGUUCCAGAUUUAAUGAUUCGGGCUGAGCCCUCUGAUGAAUCCAGCGCCAAACCUGAAGAAACAAAAAAGGAUGAAUCCAAGAAAGAAGAACCCACUUCAUCUGAAAAGAAGAAUGAUCAAUCACCUUCAUCCAAAGCGGACGAUAAGCCAACAUCUUUUGCCAACGCCAAACCUACCAGCAGCAGUGAACCAAAAGAUAAAUCGUCUUCAGAGAAAAAGCCUGAGCCAACUUCAUCUUCUAAAAAGGCUGAACCAACAUCGAGUAAGAAGGAUGACAAGAGCAGCUCCUCCAAGGAUAAUUCAUCAUCGACUUCAUCGCAUCAUGGCUUUGUUGCCCCAUCCACCGAGACACCUAGCAGCAGUGGUAGCAGUACUGGUUCAUCAGCUUCGAGUAGCAGCUCAUCUGGUUUUGUCGAAUCUGGCAACAAACAAAGUGAAUCUUCGGGUAUGUCAGGUGGUGCCGUUGCUGGUGUAGUCAUCGCUGUACUCGUGGGUGUAGCUGCUAUUGCUGGAUUUGUAAUCCUUCGUAAACGACGUGCUCAAGCUGCUCGAAAUCGUGCUCAACUCAAACCUGAUCCAUUCACUAUGGGCUUUGGUAGCCAUGACCCACCACCACCCCACACGGCUUAUAACAUGGCAAGCACCACACCCUCUCCCAUGAUCCAAAUGCCCACAUUAGGUGCUGGUGCUGCCGUUGGUGCUGGUGCUGCAGCUGGUGCUUAUGCUGCUACUCACAACAAUGACAACAAUUAUGGCGCUCAAUUGCAUGAUGCACCUUAUGGCGGCACUCAAUUACAGGAUAACAGCCCAAGCUAUAGCGCAUACAACACUCAACAACCUUAUACUCAGGACCCAGCAGCAUAUAACAACAACAUGCAAGAUUAUAACAACACCGGCAUGCAACAACAACAACCAGCAACAUACGAUUAUGGCAACACUGCACCUGCUCUUUCUGUAAAUCAAGCUGCUCCUGGUACAGCUGUAUCUGAUGCUCCUCCUAGUCUCAGCCCAAUUCCAUCUCAUACGGAUGCAUUCUCACCUGCCAUGGCAACCACUGCCGCCGCCGGAGUUGCUACUGCUGCUGCUGCUGCCACAACAACAACAGCUCCAUCCACUUCACCCAUGACAACACCAGCAACACCAGCAACAGUUCAGCCAUCUAAUAACUCUUUGGGUGUCUUCACUGUGAUUUCGACGUAUACACCAACACUCAGUGAUGAGUUGGAUAUUCAACCUGGAGAUCAAGUUGAAGUGCUUGUUGAAUACGAUGAUGGAUGGUGUCAAGGUGUCAACUUGUCGCGUGGUGGUACCAAGGGCGUUUUUCCACGCCACUGUUGUAACGAACAAGCUACCUCCAGCGGCAACGAACAAUCCAUGAAGCGUGUCAGCUCGAUGAUCGUUGAUCAACAACAGCCACAGCAGUAA